GAAAGUGCUGGAGGACUGGAUCAUCAUUUCCAUGGACCAUCUGUCUCUGCCCACACAACAAAGAAGGACCCAGGAUGGUGUUAGUUCAUGUUGGAUAUCUGGUUCUCCCCGUCUUCGGCUCAGUUAGAAAUAGAGGAGCUCACUUCACUCGGAAUCAGCACAGCCAUGCUACCUCCUGCCGACACUUCCACCUGGGCGCUCCUCAGGCCCCCCUCUCAGCAGAGUUUCCUCUGGCCCCGCCCCCUCAGAGUGGUUUGGCCCCCCACCUGACCCCCGCCCACCCCCACCACCCGGCGCCCCUCACGGCCCUGCCUGCACCCCCGCAGUUCCAGGAUGUGCCCGGACCUCCAUUCCUACCUCAGGCUUUACACCAGCAAUACCAUCAGCAGCAACUCCUGGAGGCCACGCACCGCCAGCCCCACUCCAGAAGAACCCAGGAGCGUCUCCCCCUGAACCCCCACAGACUGAGAGCAGGCUACGAGUUCCCCCCUCUCCACGUCCCUCAGCCAAUCACAACGCAGCAGCAGCAGCAGCAGCAGCAGCAGCAGAGGUACCUGGCCGAGGGCACCGAUUGGGACCUCAGUGUGGACGCCGGACUCCCCCCCCCUCAGUACCAGCUCCAGCAGCUGCCCCAGCACUACCAGCAUUACCUGGCCUCUCCCAGAAUGCAUCACUUCCCCAGGAACACUUCCUCUGCACAAGUGGUUGUGCAUGAAAUCAGAAACUACCCGUACCCCCAGCUGCACCUGCUGGCUCUGCAGAGUCUCAAUCCUUCCAGGCACGCCAACCCACCCGCCGUGCGAGAAAAGCAUACGAGGUAAACGCUUUUCAUUUAAGAAGAGCUGUUGCAGUUGGAGGACCGUCUGGGCAGUGUGGACCUGAGGAGCCGUCAGACCACCAUCGAGAGGUUCACCUUCCCUCACAAAUACAAGAAGAGGAAGCCUCAGCACCUGAAGACCGGAGAGGAGGAGGAGACCGACGUGGACGAGAAGUGCACCAUCUGUCUGUCCAUGCUGGAGGACAAAGAGGACGUCAGGAGAUUACCCUGCAUGCACCUCUUCCACCAGGGCUGUGUGGACCAAUGGUUGGCCACCAGCAGGAAGUGUCCCAUCUGUCGAGUGGACAUCGAAACACAGCUGAACCCUGACAGCUGAUGAGAUUUAACUCCCCCCUCCUCACCCUCCUCUCUUUGUCAAUCACCCUGGUGUGGUUCCUGCUUUCUUCCACCCUCCCCCUACCUCCCUCCCUCCCCCCCCCCACCCCCCCCUCUGUUGGGUGCUUUGCCAAAUGUCUCCAGACCCUUCUGACUCACGCUUCUCUGAGCCAAGCCAGGAUCACUAACUCGACAGUGAGGCAAAGGACACUCUAUAUAGAAGCACAUCCUUCUGGAGGCAACACACACACACACAAACACACACUCACACACACACACACUCAUGUACACAGGGUUUACUUGUAGCUUGCUGGUUGUAGUGGGGUGUUGUUGCUGUCGUGGUGUCGUACUGUAGGUAGCCGCGGGCUGUGUAGCAUGUCCUAAAGCCAUGACUAACUAAGUGGAAAACACACAACCCCACACUGAGCUGGCUACUUUCUCUCUUUCCUGUCUCUCUUUCUAUAUAUAUAUAUAUCUAUAAAAACAUAUAUAUUUCUCUCUUUUCAAACACAAUCAAAGUGAAUAUUCUGCCACACAAAGCUUAACAGAUGCUCUGAUGAUGCCAUGUUUACCUAAAGAUCAUUUGUGGUCGUAGUAGAGUAGCAGUAACAGUAUCGUGGGGGGGGGGGGGGCAGCGAGCAGCAGCUAGUUUUUAUCCUAUCAUGCAGCUUUGACAUUUUGCAAUACAGAUGUACCUUGAGUUGGUGUCGUGGCAGUUGGUCUCUUUCACUGAACCCGAGCCGAGUGAUCGAGUCGUCGUGUGUUUUAAAAAAAAAAA